GCACAGAAGAGGAGAAAGUAAAUGAUUCUGUCUCAUCCCCCCCCAGUUUGAUCAGAAUCCGUUUGGCGUUGCGAGCACACACACGCUUUUAACAUGGACGCCUUCAACACCGUGCUGCGGUUCUUAUUGAACCAAAAGGCCACUAUCGGCUACAGCUUCAUGGCGAUCUUGACCAUUGGCGGCGAGCGGAUCUUCUCCGUGGUCUCCUUCGAGUGCCCAUGCAACCGGACGCAGAACUUUUCGUACGGGAUCACCUUCCUGCUGGGUCCGGCCUUGGUGCUGCUGGUGCUGGGGUUCUUCUUCAGCGCGCGCAUGUGGAGGCUCUUCACCGGCUGCUGCCUGAACCCACGCAAGCUCUGCCCCCGGGGGAACUGCCUGCGCUGCACGGGCAUCCUCCUGAAGGUCACCUGGGGCGCCUGCAUUGCUCCCGUGAUGUGGCUCUGCGUGGCUCUGCUCAACGGCACCUUCUACGAGUGCGCCGUCAGCGGGCUGGACGACAACCUGGUGGUGGACCACUUCUGUCAGAACAAGACGCUGAGGUGCCGGGCGGAGUUGGCCCGCGUCCCCUGCCAGAGGUCCAAGCUCCCCGAGGACGAGAGCAAAGAGCUCCUGCUCAUGUUCCGAGCGCAGUCUCAGGUCCUGGGCUGGUGCAUCAUCACUGCGGCUGCGGUAGCAGGGCUGUUGGCAGCCUGCUGCAAGAACUGCCGCUCCCGGGUGAGUUACCUGCAGCUCAACUUCUGGAAGCGCUACAUGGAGAAGGAGAGGGAGAACUUUGAGGUCUUUGCCUCGGAUUAUGCCGACAAGCUUGCAAAGCGCAACCUCAAGAGCUUUUUUGAGAACAGCAACCCAGACAUAUUCCCAUUCCCCAACCACAAGUCCUGGGAGGCGAUAUCAAGCCUUUACACCUUCAGCCAGGGCGAGCAAUAUUACAGCACACUGCAGCGCUACGUGGAGCGCUCAGACCGAGACUACAGCCCAGAGAAGAGGCCAGUGCUGGUCUUUGAGGAUGGCAUGGAGAUGGCCUGAAACGGCUAAGAGGGGACCUGAGGGGGGUGGGGGGGUUAGGCAUGUACCUGGGUCAUGUGAUCUGUCUCUGUGAUGACCACCAAUCUGGAAUGGAAAUGCCAGUUUACAGUCUACAGUGACCAUUUCAUAUCAAAGUCUGAGCUGAUGGGGCUUUAAAAGCUUAGAAAGUUACCUUCUAAGCAAACAACUAGGAUGGAUUGUUUUAACAAUUUUUUUACGCUAACAUUACUCUCACAAUUUGGAAUUGGCAGCUGUGUUUGCAACUGUGCCACCUGUACAAGAAGCAAUGCAGCUGGAGCACAUGGACCUGUCCACAAGCCAGUGACUAUGGUGCGCACUGCAGGCGACAGAGAACUGAAACACAGCUUGCACAGAUUGGAGGAGAGUUGUCACUGACAGCCACUGGUUUUCUGGCAGAUCUGUGGAAGGAUGUAAUGUAGCAAUAAUCCAAAGAACCCUGACUGACUUAAAUAUACUGUACCCCUGACAGGGCAAAAUCUACUCAGUUCUGCUGUGGACUCCUAGUUCACCAACCAACCACUUUGUAACAGAGUUUCAAUGUUGCAGAGGCAGAGGCAAUAUAAAUGCUACUCACUUUCACCAGUCUACAGUGGCUAUUGGCCGGUCCCCUUUCUGCAGCACUUCCAUACAUUUCUAACAUGGCUAAAUAAAAUAUCAGUGUCUAAAAAUGCCA